UAUUUCACCCGGGACUAAAGAUAGCGAUCUUUAGUCCCGGAUUGGUACUCCCGGUUUGGAAACCGGGACUAAAGGGGGGUUACGAACCGGGACUACAAAGGGUUUCUCCACCAGUGAUGAUGUCCCUCUGCUCCUACUUCCCCAUCUACCUCGACAACAAGGAUGCCCAGGCCGACGUCGGCGACGUCGACGUCCCCGGUGUUCGUCACCUGCAGAGGUCCUGGCUGCCGCAGCCGCUGCUCGACCUGGACAUGCUCUUCACGAAGCAGUUCAUCGAGAACGGCCGCGAGGUGGUCAAGACCGACGGCGUUCUGAUCAACACGUUCGACGCGCUGGAGCCGGUGGCGCUCGCCGCCCUGCGGGACGGCACCGUCGUCCGCGGGUUCCCGCCGGUGUUCGCCGUCGGCCCGUACAGCUCGCUCGCGAGCGAGAAGAAGGCCGCCGACGCAGAUCAGAGCUCGGCGCUCGCCUGGCUCGACCAGCAGCCGGCGCGGUCAGUGGUGUACGUCGCCUUCGGCAACCGUUGCACCGUGAGCAACGACCAGCUCCGAGAGAUCGCGGCGGGGCUGGAGGCGAGCGGCUGCCGAUUCCUGUGGAUCCUCAAGACCACGGUGGUGGACCGCGACGAGGCCGCCGCGGGCGGCGUCCGCGACGUGCUCGGCGACGGGUUCAUGGAGCGCGUGAAGGGGCGCGGCAUGGUGACCAAGGAAUGGGUGGACCAGGAGGCGGUGCUCGGGCACCCGGCGGUGGGCCUGUUCCUGAGCCACAGCGGGUGGAACUCGGUGACCGAGGCGGCGGCGGCCGGCGUGCCGCUGCUGGCGUGGCCGCGGGGCGGCGACCACCGCGUGGCGGCGACGGUGGUGGCGAGCAGCGGCGUCGGGGUGUGGAUGGAGCAGUGGAGCUGGGACGGGGAGGAGUGGUUGGUGAGCGGGGAGGAGAUAGGGGGGAAGGUGAAGGAGAUGAUGGCCGACGACGCCGUGCGGGAGAGGGCGGCCAAGGUCGGCGAGGAGGCGGCCAAGGCCGUCGCGGAGGGCGGCACGAGCCACACGAGCAUGCUGGAGUUUGUUGCAAAGCUCAAGGCUGCUUAAUUAAUUACAAUGCAUCUAAAGAUAGUACAAGUACUAUAGUACUACAAGCUCGUAGUACAAAAUAAAAGCGUGCAUGCAUGCAGGCUGAGUCGUUGGGUCUUGAUGAGUGGGUGCACGUUCGUGUGUCGUGUCUGUAUACUCCGUGUCACGUGAAGUUGGUUGAUUCUCACUCCCUUUGUUCGAAAACAAAUCAAUCUACUACGACAUAUAAUAAACCAACAUUGGCUGCCA